AUGGUUAAGUUGAGCUAUGAACCUGACCCAUGGUUUCCUCUGGCUGUACAGUACACCAACUACGACUAUGGAGAGUUCUACGAGUACGGGGAAGGGGAGGCGGCCAGCCAGGCCCCGCCCACAGAACCACCCCGGACCGAGACCAAAGCGGAGGAGUACUACACAGGGGAGUACGACUACGGCACCGUGGACGGCAGCCAGACGGACCCGCAACCCGACAGCACCACACCUGACCAGACCUACGAGGAGGAGAUCGUCGACGAUUACAUCACCGGCGUGGAGCAGGUGGGGGCGGAGCCUACCACCGGCGCCGAAACCGACUACAAGGGGCCCGUGGGCGGCGAGGAAGACUACAAGGGCCCUGUGGGAGCCGAAGAGGACGUCAAGGGGCCCGUGGGCACCGAGGAAGAUGUCAAAGGCCCCGUGGACGGUGAUGCGUACGGGUUCCAGGAGUACGACAUGAAGGAGUACGACAACAAAGGCCUGGACGACUACGGCAGCUACGGCCCCGACGACGUCAAGCCCACCGAGGCUGCGUACGAUGACGAUUUCGGACCCGGCAUCCCCGCGCAGACCGACAUCCGGGAGAGCGACCUGGGUGGACGCCACCAUGGAGAGAAAGGAGAGAAAGGGGAGCCUGCCGUCAUCGAACCUGGUAUGCUUAUUGAAGGACCCCAAGGAGUGCCUGGCCAAGCAGGUAUACCUGGUACCUCAGGGCUGCAGGGUCCCCCCGGCGCCCACGGAGAUCCUGGAGAGAAGGGUCCUCCAGGGCGUCCCGGUAUUCCCGGUUCGGACGGUGUUCCGGGUCCUGCUGGUACCAUCCUGAUGCUGCCGUUCCGCGCCGGAGGGGAGUCCCACAAGGGGCCAGUGGUCUCCGCGCAGGAGGCCCAGGCACAGGCGAUCCUGGCCCAGGCUAGGCUGACUAUGAGGGGUUCUCCGGGGCCAAUGGGAAUGUCUGGCAGAUCUGGACCUGUGGGAGGUCCUGGUUCCCCUGGACUUAAAGGCGAUGGUGGUGACUCCGGUCCACAGGGUCCCAGAGGUCUCCAGGGCUCCAACGGCCCACCAGGGAAAUUAGGAAAGAGGGGUCGCAAUGGAGCCGAUGGAGCCCGAGGCAUGCCUGGAGAGGGUGGAGGAAAGGGUGACCGUGGUUUCGACGGUCUCCCGGGUCUACCUGGAGAGAAGGGACACAGGGGGGAGCAUGGUCCCACAGGAUCUCCAGGAGCUCCAGGAGACGAUGGUCCAAGAGGAGAGGACGGACAGGUCGGACAGAGAGGCAUGGCCGGAGACAGCGGACCCCGGGGUCUGCUGGGUCCCAGAGGGUCUGUCGGAACUAACGGACAGCGGGGUAUGCCUGGACUUGACGGUCAUGCCGGUCCUAAAGGAAACAUGGGUCCAGCAGGAGAACCAGGACCACCUGGACAACAGGGUCUCGCCGGGCCAAAUGGUCUCAUCGGUCCUCAAGGUCCGAUCGGGGGUCCUGGUGAAAAAGGACCUUCAGGAAAACAGGGUCUGGCUGGCCUGGGCGGAGCUGAUGGGCCCCCUGGUCACCCAGGGAAGGAGGGACCCCCUGGCGAGAAAGGAACAGUUGGUCAUCCUGGUGGCAUGGGAUCUAUCGGGUACCCCGGGCCUCGUGGUGUGAAGGGUGCGGAGGGCAUCAGAGGUCUUAAAGGUGGCAAAGGGGAGAAGGGAGAAGAUGGAUUCCCAGGCUUCAAAGGAGACAUGGGCAUCAAGGGUGACAAGGGAGAGAACGGUGUCCUCGGACACAGAGGAGAGGACGGACCCGAGGGCCCUAAGGGCAAGUCCGGCCCCGGCGGCGAAUUAGGACCCAUCGGAACAGCCGGAGAAAAGGGGAAACUUGGUGUCCCUGGAUUGCCUGGAUACCCUGGUAGACAAGGCUCCAAGGGAUCCAACGGCUUCGUCGGGUUCCCAGGGGCCAACGGAGAGAAGGGCACUCGGGGACUGGCUGGUAAAUCUGGGCCUAGAGGGCAGCGUGGGCCAACGGGUCCCCGCGGAGGUCGUGGUGCCAGGGGCCCCACAGGGAAACCAGGAGCAAAGGGAACCUCUGGCAACGAUGGGCCCCCAGGCGGAUCCGGAGAGAGGGGACCCCAAGGCCCCCAGGGACCAGUCGGCUUCCCAGGACCCAAAGGACCAAACGGCCCCGCGGGGAAGGACGGGCUCCCCGGACACCCCGGACAGAGAGGAGAGACGGGUUUCCAAGGAAAGACCGGCCCCCCAGGACCAGGAGGUGUUGUUGGGCCCCAGGGCCCUACCGGAGAGACAGGGCCCAGUGGAGAGAGAGGACACCCAGGCUCCCCAGGACCCCCUGGUGAGCAGGGUCUACCCGGAGCAGCUGGCAAAGAGGGUGGCAAGGGAGAUCCUGGCCCCAUGGGCAUCUCAGGGAAGUCGGGCCCUCCUGGUCUGAGAGGCUUCCAGGGUACACGAGGUCUUCCAGGGGCCAUGGGUCCAGCUGGCUUGAAGGGAGGAGAAGGCCCCCAGGGAGCCCAAGGCCCCAUCGGCUCCCAAGGAGAGAGAGGGCCCGCCGGCCCUGGUGGCGCCAUCGGUCUGACGGGACGCAACGGCCCCCAGGGGCCCCCCGGCCCCGCUGGAGAAAAAGGAGGACCUGGAGAGAAAGGGCCCCUAGGCCCAGCCGGUCGCGAUGGCAUCCAAGGGCCCGUCGGCCUGCCCGGUUCUGCCGGCCCACAGGGACCUCCCGGAGAGGACGGUGACAAGGGAGAGGUUGGUGGUCCCGGCCAGAAGGGAGGCAAAGGAGACAAGGGUGAACUUGGACCACCAGGCCCUAGUGGCCCCCAGGGUGUGAUCGGAGCUCCAGGACCCGCAGGUACCGACGGCGAGGCAGGUCCCAGAGGUCAGCAGGGCAUGUUCGGCCAGAAGGGAGAUGAGGGCUCUCGUGGAUUCCCAGGUCUGCCCGGACCCAUCGGACUGCAGGGUCUGCCCGGCCCCCCCGGUGACAAAGGAGAGAACGGCGACGUCGGAGCGAUGGGUCCACCCGGGCCCCCUGGCCCCAGAGGUCCCCAGGGGCCGAGCGGAGCCGACGGUGCACAAGGACCACCUGGUGGUAUCGGUUCCAUGGGAGGCAACGGAGAGAAGGGAGAGCACGGGGAGUCAGGCAACCCAGGACCCGCCGGAGAGCCCGGCAUGGGGGGCCCCAGAGGAGAAACCGGCGAGAAAGGUGAAUCCGGACCGCCUGGAGCCGCAGGCCCCGCUGGCGGUCGCGGCCCCUCCGGUGACGACGGCCCCAAGGGAAACCCUGGGCCGGUCGGAUUCCCCGGAGACCCAGGACCCCCCGGAGAGGCUGGUGUCGCUGGAUUGGACGGUUUAGGAGGAGACAAGGGAGAUGACGGAGACGCCGGUCAACCUGGACCUCCUGGUCCAUCCGGGGAGGCAGGAGUACCAGGCCCACCUGGCAAACGGGGUCCCUUGGGGCCAGCAGGCCAGUCGGGUAGACAAGGAGAAAAGGGAUCCAAGGGAGAGUAUGGAGCAGAGGGACCUGUGGGUAAGACAGGACCAGUUGGAGCACAGGGACCCUCUGGGAAAGCUGGUCCUGAAGGACUGCGUGGUAUCCCCGGGCCCGUGGGAGAACAAGGACUUCCGGGUUCUUCCGGUCAAGACGGCCCUCCCGGACCCCUGGGACCCUCCGGUCUCCCGGGCAUGAAAGGCGACUCGGGCCACAAAGGAGAGAAGGGUCACCCUGGUCUAAUCGGUCUGAUCGGACCCCCCGGUGAGUCAGGAGAGAAGGGAGACCGCGGCUUGCCAGGACCCCAGGGUACCGGUGGAGGAAAGGGUGACGCCGGUCUCGGCGGCUCUUCCGGACCUCUCGGACCUCCCGGCCCACCCGGUAUUCCCGGCCCCCAUGGCUCAAAGGGAUCCAAGGGGUCGUCUGGAACCAGCGGUCAGAAGGGAGACACUGGAUUGAUUGGACCCCCAGGACCACCUGGUCCCCCCGGCGACAUCAUCCAGCCCCUGCCCAUCCAGCAGGCCUCCAGGAAGAACAGGCGGCAGGCGGACCAACCCCAGGCCGACGAGCCACUGGCCGACUACGGCAUGGACGCCGCGUACUCGGAGGGCAUGGAGGACGUGUUCGGCUCCCUCAACAACCUCAAGCAGGACAUCGAGCGCAUGAAGUUCCCCAUGGGCACCCAGGACAACCCGGCCAGGACCUGCAACGACCUGCACCUCAGCCAGCCCGAGUUCCCAGACGGUGAAUACUGGAUCGAUCCCAACCAGGGAUGCAUAGGGGACGCCAUUAAGGUCUUCUGUAACUUCACAGCCGGCGGCGAGACCUGUAUCUUCCCAGACAAGAAGUCUGCAGGAGUAAGGAUUUCCAACUGGCCCAAGGAGGCUCCAGGUUCAUGGUUCAGUGAAUUCAAGCGUGGCAAGAUUCUGAACUACGUGGACGUGUCGGAGAACACUGUCAGCACGGUGCAGAUGACCUUCCUGAAGCUGCUGAGCUCCUCGGCGCGCCAGAACUUCACCUACAUCUGCCACCAGUCGGUGGCGUGGUACGACGCCAAGGCCGACGACUACAACAAGGCGCUGCGCUUCCUGGGCUCCAACGACGAGGAGUUGUCCUACGACAACAACCCCUUCAUCAAGCCCCUGUCGGACGGAUGCUCGCAGAGGCAGGGCUACUCCCGCACCGUCCUGGAGAUCAACACCCCGCGCAUCGACCAGGUGCCCAUCAUCGACGUCAUGCUCAACGACUUCGGGGACUCGAACCAGCGGUUUGGCUUUGAGGUCGGCCCCGUCUGCUUCCUCGGCUAGACACCCCCCCCCCCCCCCCCCCCAAGACCCCCCAACCCAUCCCCCGGCCCCCUAAGACCCCCCCCCCCGUCGGCCCCCCCCCCCCCCCCGUCGCCCUCCCAUCUCCCCCCCACCCCCCCCCCCCCCCACUGACGGACAGGGCCGGGGGGGUGGGGCACCGUGAGCAAGGCAUGCAGCGGGGCUCACCGCCAUCUUUGACCCUCUCUCCUCGCGAUCCACAAAACCUGUGUCGGUGCCGUCAAUCUGUGUUUUGUUUUUGUUUUUGUUUUGGUUGUUUUUCGUUUUGGUUGUUUUUUUGUUUUUCCCUGACCAAGAAGACCCACUCGAGCCCAGAGGAGAAGAAAAAGACGUGGAAGAAGAUGAAGAAGGAGAGGAAGAAAGCCCCAAAGCCCUAUUUGUCCAAGCAUAGACCACCGUAGACCAGAUAUCGGGGGGGGGGGGGAGGAAAUGGAACAAGGUGGGAGUGGGGGGGAGGGGGGCCUUUUUAAGGUCCAGAAUCACUUGACUUUGACUCUGCGUUAAAAACCAGGAGGGCCAUGGAGAGAGAAGGACGUUUCAUGCCGUGGCGGGACACAGUGUCACACUUUGCUAGCAAACAGAGAGCGUAUAUCACCUCCCCUCACUCCCCUCACUCCCCCACUCAUCCACUCAUCCACUUUCUCUGAGCCCUGUCUCCCCCUCCUUCCCUCCCUCCUGCCCACCCCGCCCCACCCAUCUCGUUGCUCUCCCUCCUCUCUCUCUCGCCCCCCUCUCUCUCUGAUUUCUUCAGGUGCUACUCUGAAUACGACCACAGAGGGGCUUUUUUGUGCUGAAUCACGGAUCACCCUAGGUGCUGCAGAAAAAUCCAUUUGAUAAAACUGUAAUUAUUAUUAUUAUUAUUAUUGUUAUUAUUUUGUACAAUACUGUUCCUUUUUGAGUCCACUUCCGAAAGCUUGCAUGUGUCCCCGGCUCCUAAAAGUUUGAAUUCAUGUUUGGUAAUCUAUAUAGAAAAUAAAUUUGCAAUGAAUAUAUUUGUUUGUUUUGAAAAUGUCUGGCUAAGCCCUUAUCGGUUUUUAAAAAGUAUUGUUAUGCUAUUAUCUAUACAUUAAUGAGCUAAAAAAAUAUCCCCAAUUUGUAAGUAAAGUUCAUUUUGUAAAUAAUAAUAAGCUUUUAUUUUUGGACCCUUCAACAAAGAACAACUUAAAAUAACAUCAUGAUACAUUGCAUUUCACCAUAACCCGUUCAUGUUGUAGUGUUUACAUAUUAAUCGCUAUUCCCAUUAUUAAUUUAACCUUUAGAGACGAUAAGAUAGUAAUAUAAAUAUGGAUCAACUGUUUUUGUGCAGGAUCAACUCAAUAAGGGAAUAUUUUUCCCAAAUAGACUUUAUUCUUCCAAAAGGUAUACCUCAGUUUCUCCCAAAAAAACGGGAUGUUUUCCAUAUAUAUAGGCCUUAAUUACACAAUUAAGUUGAUAUAUGUGGGGGGAAGAUUUCUUUUAUCAAAGGGAAUAAAGCCUAUUUGUGUCGUUUUAUCUGUCCAGUUUGUCUAUGAUUGCACAAAUCGAUCCUGUCAACAUCCACUUUUGUAACAAUGACGAAGUGUGUCGUGUUUUCAUGUGCUUUGGAUGGUACUUUCAAAAGUAUUAAAACUGGAUUCUGAUCAAAGCUGGGUUGAAGCUCUGUGUUGUUGCCAACCGGUGUGCUGUCAAACGCUAUCAGUGGACCGUCUCCCAUGAUCCUUUGCCUUUCACAGCCACACAUUUCCGAUUUACUGCACCGGGAUUUCAAAAGGCUUCUGAUUAGUGAUACCAAAGUAUUUGGGUUUGGUGAUAACAUUUUCUGUCCUGCAGUGUUUUGCUUCUUUCUCUGACUCCGGGGAGACUCAACAUCUCUCAGCCUCUCCAGCUCCUUGGCCUUCCAGUGACACAACCCAUCUCCAGAGAUGCCUCUUCCUCUCCCCAAAGCUGUGUCAUUAUGUUUACAACCCAUGUAAAAAACCUUGAAUAAAUAUUUGGUGCCGUGCCAAAUAAAUGCUCA